AGUGCGGCUGAGCCGAGCCGAACGUCACAACUCGUAUACGAGGACCCAGCAAACACAGCAGUACCUUUUCGCCCCCACUUCCCACUGCGUUCUGGCCUACGGACAAAACAUGUCUGCUGCGAUACAUUGACGUAUUGGGAGGUGGACUUGCGUUCAAACGGCCUGCUUUUGAUAAAGUCAACCGUCUCUUACCAGGAGGGGGAGAGCAGCUCGAUUGUUUCCUGCGCCAAGAACGGUAAAGACGUGGUCAUUACACCACUGCAUCUGUGAUGACGAUCAAUAAUCAAGUAACCAGCUAAUCUGUAGAGCCUACUGCCUUCUACCAUGUCCCACUCGCAGCACUCGCAGCGAGGCACCCAUGGCCGCGCCAUGAGCUCUGAGGAGAGGUGCUCCGUGAUGGUCAACAAGACUUCCACACCGGUGCACAAGAGUGCAUCAUCCUCUUCUUCGUCCCAGCGUGACAGCCGGCAGGAGACAGACAGCUGGGAAAUCAUCGAGGGGCUGAAAAUUGGUCAGAGCAGCAUCCAGAGGCCAGAUAAACAUGAAGGGUUUAUGCUGAAGAAGCGGAAAUGGCCUCUGAAAGGCUGGCACAAGCGAUUUUUUGUUUUGGACAAUGGGAUGCUGAAGUACUCCAAGUCCCCCAUUGAUAUCCAGAAAGGCAAACUGCAUGGCAGCAUCGACGUCGGCCUCUCUGUGAUGUCCAUCAAAAAGAAGGCUCGUCGUAUUGACCUGGAUACAGAGGAGCAUAUCUAUCAUCUCAAGGUAAAAUCCCAAGACAUCUUUGAUGCCUGGGUGUCGAAGUUGCGACAUCACCGCCUUUACCGACAGAACGAGAUCGUACGAUCUCCUCGGGACGCCUCCAUGCGGAUGUUCCCUCCAUCGGCGGUUGCAGAGUCUCCACAAGCUGCUUCAAGUGUUGGACAUGACACCAAGCAAGUUAAACCCAGUGGGUUGCCAUGGCAAACACCAGUCCCCACCAACAGCAGCCUGCCAGUCUCCUACAGCAACGGUCAGAGCAAGGUGGCUGCUUGGCUGCAAGAAUCCGAGGAAAUGGACAAAUGUGCAGAAGAUCUUGCGCGUUGCCAGUCCAACUUGGCCGAGCUGAGUGGCCUCUUGCAGAGUCUGGAGAUUUUACAAAGGACUCAGUCGGCACCCAACUUUGCAGAUAUGCAGACGGCUUGCGUAGAAUUGUCAAAGAAAGAAAAGCGAAUGAACAGAAGAUGGAGGACAAAAAGUGUCGGCAAAGAUGCAAAAUUCCAGCUUCAGGUCCCGCUAUCAUCCAGCAUGUCGCCUGUCCGCCUCCACUCAUCCAACCCUAACCUCUGCGCCGAGAUGGGGGACUUUCAAGCUCCCGUCUCCCGGCUGACAGACAGCGUAGAGUGUACCAGUGACUACAUUAAACUGCAGGAGGAGUUCUGCACCAUUGCCCAAAAAGUCCACACGCUGCUCAAGUCGGCCUUCAACACAGUAGCCAUAGAGAAAGAAAAGAUCAAGCAGAUUCUGUCUGACCAGGACCAGUCUGACCACUCAGCCCAGAUCAACUCCCUCAGGAAGUCUCUGUCACAGGCCGUGUCCCAAAAUGCAGAACUUCGAACCCGACUGAACCGCAUCCACUCCGAGUCUGUCCUGUCGGAACAAGUUGUGAGCGUGAAUAUCAUCUCCACUACUGAUGAGGUUGUAGAGCACAUGGGGAUCCCUCUGACUCAGCAGACUUCCAAUGAAAGUCGACUCUCCAUGUCGGAGUCUGUAUCCGAGUUUUUUGACGCCCAGGAAGUGCUUCUCUCAGCCAGCUCGUCAGAGAAUGAGGGCUCAGACGAUGAGUCGUACGUCAGCGAUGUGAGCGAUAACAUCUCAGAGGACAAUGCCAGUGUGACCGAUAACGUCUCCAGGCAAAUGGCCAACGGAGACUUUGCUGGCUGUGCCUUCCGUAACGGCCGGCGCAUCUGCCUGCCGGCGCCCUGUCCCGACACCGGCAACAUCAACCUGUGGAACAUCUUGCGAAACAACAUAGGCAAGGACCUGUCCAAAGUGUCCAUGCCCGUGGAGCUCAAUGAGCCUCUCAACACGCUGCAGCGCAUGUGUGAAGAGCUGGAGUACAGCGAGCUGCUGGACAAGGCCGCUGAGACGGAGGAUCCCUUUGAACGCAUGGUUCUGGUCGCUGCCUUCGCCGUAUCAGGCUACUCAUCCACCUACUACAGAGCAGGAAGUAAGCCAUUCAACCCGCUCCUUGGAGAGACGUACGAAUGUAUAAGAGAAGACAAGGGCUUCUGUUUUUUCUCUGAACAGGUGAGCCACCAUCCUCCCAUUUCUGCCUGCCACUGUGAGUCCAAGAACUUCACGUUCUGGCAAGAUGUGAGAUGGAAAAAUAAAUUCUGGGGAAAAUCAAUGGAGAUAUUGCCAGUCGGGACAGUGAGCCUCAUGAUUCCCAGGUUUGGAGAUCACUACGAAUGGAACAAAGUGACCACGUGUGUCCACAACAUCCUCAGUGGCCGGCGGUGGAUCGAACACUACGGCGAGAUCACCAUCAGGAACACAAAAAGCAGCGCUUGCCUCUGCAAACUCACUUUCGUCAAGGGGAACUACUGGAGUUCGAACUUGAAUGAGAUCCAAGGAUUUGUGAUGGACCAAGAAGGAAAAGUGAUCCACAGGCUUUUUGGAAAAUGGCACGAGGGGCUUUACUGUGGUGUCCCACCGUCUGCCAAAUGUAUCUGGAGGCCAGGCUCCAUGCCCACAGACUACGAGCUAUAUUACGGCUUCACCAGGUUCGCCACUGAACUCAACGAGCUUUGUCCCGAGUUGAAAGACGUCCUGCCGCGAACGGACGCACGAUUCAGACCCGAUCAAAGGUACCUAGAAGAGGCAAACUUGGAGCUGGCCGCCUCCGAGAAGCAGCGAAUCGAAGACUUGCAGAGGACAAGGAGGAAGUGGAAUGAAGAGAAUAAUGUGAUACAAGAGCCUUGCUUCUUCAAGAAAGUGGUUGAUGCUAAUCACAGGGAACGUUGGGUGUCCAACAACAUGUAUUGGGAGCUGCGCAAAACCCCCGGAUUUAUCAACAUGGAACCUACAGUGAGCCUGUGGUAGCCCACCGCCCCUCGCUCCCCUCCUCACAUUGCACCGUCUGACUGCACACUUGAGAUGUGAGGAGAAACACUAACACACACAUUUGGACGUGAGCGAGCCCUGCUGGGGCUCUUUGGCCCGCCCUGAUUGGUGGGAAGCUGUCAAGAGGAGCGUCACCUUCAUUGUGCUUGCGAAGGUACAAGUCCCGCGCGGAUCUUUUUCAGCUAGUUAAACGACUCCCGAGUCGGCCUUAAACGCGUACACCCAUACUUAGCUACAACCACGUGCAUGCUUGAGAGCUUUCACUGGCAUCCGGCCAUAUUUAAUACAUUACUCUUGUAGAAAAACUGAUAUUUUUAUAAAAUAUCUUAGCAGAUUUUAUUUAUUUUUUGCCUUUUAAUACAAUUUGUGAUGGGGAACAACUUGUCAAGCCACACAGCUGCACGCACACGUCCAAUAACAUGUUACACUACACAGUGUAACCAUGUUCAACUGAAAAUCAAUAGACAGACAGACACUAGGUAAAAAGUCUCCUCGCUCUCACCUUGUGGACCCCUCACCCCGUCCGUGCCCGCUAUCUAAUUUUAACCAUCUGCAUAAAAGCCACUUUGUCCAUAUAUAGUGGUGAGCUUACUUCGCUACACUGCAGGGAGACCCUCUAAACCAGGGGUGGGCAAAGUGCGGCCUGCCGAGAAUUUACAUUGUGAAGAAUCCUGUUAUAUUUGUUGCAUUAAUGUAGCCAUUUUUUGUGCGUGUAAAACUGGCUAAUUUAAAUGUUUUUAGUUAUUUGUUUUUACUUUUUUCCCCCUAAAACCGGUUCAUUAAAAUACAUUCAGUCAUUCAUUUUUUUUUCGUAAGUGAAUACAUGGUAAAUGUAUUGAUUGUAGAUAUUAGUUUUUGCCAUUUUCUUACUCUAAAAUGGAUUAAAAUAUAUUUAUUCAUAAAAUCAAUAGUAAUUCAAUAAUUGGGUGAUUGAUUGUCAAUAUUUCGCCAUUUCCCCCCUAGAAUUGUUACAUUAAAAAGUCAUUGAAUAAUUGGGUAAUUUAUUUUUAAUAUGAUUUUGUAUUCAAUAAUUGGCUAAAUUAUAAUUUCAUUAAUUAAAAAGAAAUGAUUGAGGUUGAAUUACUAUUUUAUUAUGAAAACAAAAUAUUUUACAUACACAUUUUAAUAACCAUCUGGCCAUUUUAAAAAUCAAACGAAUUACAAAACAAAAAAGUUUGCCCAAACCUGCUCAAAACCCACGUUCAGUGAAGGAGGACUGUACUAGGAGCAAAGUCAAACACCAAAAGAAUAUACUAAUUUAUUUAUCUGAAGACAGGUGGCUUCAUUAUUUUACUAUAACCACCCAAAGUGCGGUACUAUUUUCUAUUACGAACGUCUCAUCAACACACUUAUUACACUACAUGGACUUGGACAAAGGUAUUGGGGUGACUGGUUGUUGUACCCAUGGAAAGUUAAGUUUUUUGGAAUGGAGGAGCCUGGGAGAAAACCAGAGUACCCAGAGAGAAAAUGCAAACUCCACACAGGAAGGCCCGAGCCAAGACGCAAACGUCCAACCUUGGGACUGUGAGGCAGUUAGCAGAUUCUAACCACUAGGAUACUGCGCUGCCCUACAAAUUAAUUCAUAGACUGAAGAAGACUUUUUGUCCAUGCAGUGUAGUAUGUCAGGUUCUGGCAGCUACUUUGUCAACCCUAAGACAGAAGAGCCACCUGCUGCUCACUCAAGGAAAAUACAGCUUACUGAUACAGGUUUUAUUGAUCGAUUUAUUAUUAUUUAGCUGAACAAUAACUAGCAACUAAAACUGAUAGAUACGACAGCUAUUAUUGGACGUUUUUUAACACCAGUGCUGACAGACAACAUAAUUAUGGAGUAGAACUUUACUUUUGCUUAUGAUGUUUGUCUGCACUUUCCCCCCACAACAAGUCUUCAGUUUCAUCGCUGUGCCUUAACGCAUUUAAGAAUGACACACACACACUGCUGGUGAGAAGAUGUUCUGCCAUUCACAUCCAUCUGCAUCUCUGCUAAGCGAUAAUAAAGCUAAAAGACUGCGUGUGUUCUUGCUAAACAUAUGUCUUACAGUAGAUUUACACACACAAGCCGUAAAAUAGGUUCUUUGCUAUGCCGCCAUACAACAUGCAACCUGAAGUAACUGUAAAUACAGCACAUCUAGAAAAUGAAUCCAUCCAUCCAUCCAUUUUCUGUAGCGCUUUUCCUCAUUAGGGUCGCAGGUGAGCUCGAAUCUAUCCCAGCUGACUUUGGGCAAGAGGCGGCUUACACCCUGGACUGGUCGACAGCCAAUCGCAGAAAGUGGUCAUUCUAACAAAAGCGAAACAGUGUUCACCCAGCAGCACAAGCGGAAAAUAGAAUGGACGCACAGGCAUGACGACGCUCCUGGGAGAGAGAAAAAAGUCACCUCCAUCUAUUGUCCCACCUGCAUGUGUAACCUGCCAAUGAUUGUUGCGGAUGCCUUACAGAAAGGUUCUGUUCUUGUUGUGGGCCGGACCGCGUCCGCUCCGUUUCCUGAUGGUACCUUCUUUAAAAAGUGCAAUUGAAAUAAAGUACAUAUCUUUCCAUCAACACUGUACACUGCUGCUACAUAGUGCUUGUACUAAUAAAACCGGACCUUCGGUGUGUGGUUUAU